GAAAUAAUUUUAAACCCUUUGCAUAAAGUAGACACAACCAAUCCUAGGUUUUCAACAUUAGUCUCUCUCGCCGAUCUGAUUACACGCACAACACAUACAUAAAUAGCUGUCUGUUCUUCAGUUCCGUGCCCUAGAAAACAUGCUGCCUCUUUCUCUGCUAAAGACCGCUCAAGGUCACCCCAUGUUGGUGGAACUUAAGAAUGGAGAAACCUACAAUGGACAUUUGGUAAACUGUGAUACUUGGAUGAACAUCCAUCUGCGAGAAGUUAUAUGUACCUCCAAGGAUGGAGAUAAAUUUUGGAGAAUGCCUGAAUGCUACAUCAGAGGCAAUACAAUAAAAUAUCUUAGAGUUCCAGACGAGGUGAUUGAUAAGGUUCAGGAAGAGAAAAGCCGUGCUGACAGGAAACCACCUGGUGCUGGGGGUCGUGGAAGAGGAAGAGGUAGAGAGGAUGGUACUGGUGGGCGUGGAGCCAAAGGCAUGGGCCGUGGCAUGGAUGAUGGACUUGCAAGAGGCUCAACUGGAGGAAGAGGCAGAGGAGGUCCUGGUGGAAGAACAGGGGGAAGCAGAGGUGGAGGUCGAGGUCGGUAGAUUCAGGUUGAGGAGCUGGAGAAAGAUUGGGUACUGGUGGCUGCUUUUAAUGGUGUACUUGCUACCCAUUCAUGUUCGGUACACAUGAUGUAAACCAGUCGAUUUUAUAAUGAAUUCUGUACUUUGGGGGGGGGGGGGGGGGGUAAGUUUUAAUAUGUUCGUCUAAUUCUAUUCUAGUACAGGGAUAGAAAUGUAUGCUAAUGCAGUUGAGAUUUUCCAUCAGUCUUAUGAUUUGUUUUGUGUUUGAUCUUCUUCUCUUGAAGAACAUGUUUGUUGUCCAGAUGAUGUUUUCUUGAGCUUGAUUCAUCUCGGUUGAUAUAUUUUAUGAUUUAUAGUC